GGUAGUCUAAGUUGUUACUUUGACUUUGGCAAAUCAAGCCACUCGCUCGCACGCACUUUCUUCUCUUCUCUUCCUUAUGACCAACCAAAUCGAUCUGGAUCGAGAGAGAGAUAUGUAUCAAAACAUAACCUGUGGGUGGAAAUUAAAGAGGCGAUUUUUCAAGAUAUGUAUCAAAACCAAUACUUGUUUUACGGGAUCCAAGUCAUCAUCAUCAUCAAAUCCGGAUGGAUGAGAUCCACAGCCAAGUUUAAAAAACUGAAAAGGUGUAAUGAUGUUGCUGCAAUAGAUAUCAACAUGGGAUGCCCCAGGGCAUUUUCUUUGAGUGGUGGGAUGGGUGCUGCUUGUUGUCCAAACCCGAGCUUAUCAGUGACGCAAGUCUAAUAGUUUAUCGUUGCUUUGGUUGUGGUAAGAUACUGGAUUUGGGCCUAAGCCCAACAUCUGUGCUGAACAUGAAGUUAGAGUGGAAUGCUGAUAUGGGUAGUUUGUUUGUUAAUAAGGAAAUUAUAGGGAGAGUAGGGGGGAGAGAAGGAAGUAAUACAUUCACUUUCGUACUAUUUUGUUCUUGGGUUCCUAUUAAUUUUGCAACAUGUUUGAAUACUUCCUCUUUAAAACAUGAUACAGUGGAGCUUGCCAGGCGAAUUGAGAAAACUGGUGUUGAUGCUAUUGCAGUUCAUGGAAGAUAUGUCUUAGAUAGGCCCAGAGAUCCGGCAAAGUGGAGUGGAAUUGCCGAUGUUGUGUCAGCACUAUCUAUUCCAGUUAUAGCAAAUGGUGAUGUCUUUGAGUAUGACGAUUUCCAACGCAUUAAAUCUGCUACAGUGAAUUGCCACCCAAGGGAAAAGAAAGAGGGUAGCAAAGUAAUUGAAGAAGAAGAAAAACAUACAACAAAAAUUAGUGUUAUCUCUUCUCCUAUUGAAGAGGGAAAAGAAGAGAUCAGACACGCAUAUACUUUUAACAAAAGGAUUCGUUACAAAGUAGAUUGGCUGUUUGAGGAUAUGACUGCAAUUUUUUUAAGGGCAGCAGCUAUAGAACUUCAUAUCAAUGACAGGAAGAUGAUUCCCUAUGACAUUGAAAUAUUGAUUUAUAUUUCAAGCAUGUUAAGCUCUAAAUAUGGUGGAAAGGAAAUGUCACACCUUGGAGGCAUCUGGUGGGAUUUUGAAAAUUUAGGGCUGGACAAAGAUGUAACACUUGAAAAGAUGAAGCAAGUGUUAAAAGCAAAAUUGGAAGACAAAAAUGUUAUCAAAGUUUGGGAAGACUUGCCUCCGAUUGAGGUUUAUUCAAACCCUAAGUACUGCAAGAGAUUUUUAGACAAGUGGAUUGAAGGUUUUAACUACAACCCAACUCCAAAGGGGAACAAUGAGGCUGAUUAUGAAAUCUUAAAGGAUAUAAUAUUUUGGCGCCUGAAAGUGAAAUGGAAUGCUGAAAGAUGUACGUUAUGCCAAAUUUUAAUGUCAUGGGCAAUAAGAGUGAUGAUAAAGAGGGUACAAAAAACCAUGUUGGUUAAUAUGAUAAAAGACAUGGUUUCAGAUGAAGAAGUAUUUGAGGAACUUUGGGUUGAUGUGCAAAAUCUAGUUGAAACCAGAGCAAGUCCCGGCAGUUAUGUGGCCCUAUUUUCUGAGGACAAGAUUAACAAACGCCUAUUGCAUUAUUUGAGAACACUAGGUUACAAGAUAGUUCUCAUGAGUCGUCCAAGAAAAAAUCAACUACAAAAUGAAGCUUCUGUGCGUAUUACCUGGGAUGGGUUUAAGUAAAAAAGAUUAUGUACCUGGGAUGGGUUUAAGUAAAAAAGAUUAUGAAAAGUGAGUUUCCAGUCACUAUCAUGAUGAAAAAUAAGCACAUAUAUUGUUGUAAAUAUGCAGAUUUCUCUAAGGAUAGAAUGGUGUCUUCAAUUAUUAGGAAAAUAAAAUAUAUAACUAUUAGAGUAUAUUGUAUUUCCUUAGUUCCCGAUUAGCAUAUUUUUGGCUUAGCUCAUAUAUCAUGAUU